CUCAUGCCAAUUUUCUUCACGGUUCCUCAGUUCGAAACUUCCAGUGCAGUCAAAUUAUUACCUCUGAUGUCGCUUUUCCGUCAUUCCGCCGAUCUACUUUCCCGAGAACCAAACAUAAACUUCCAUAUGCAGGUAUAUCUUUCUCCACACGCAAUAUAAAAAAUCCCCCUCUCCCUCCAGUCCACAUCAUCCAAUCCAAAAAACCCAGCAUUUUCCCGAUAAACAAACACUCCAACAAGCCAGGAUACACCGGAUUGAAAUCCAGAAACCCCCAGGGCUAGGGAUUAUUUUAUCCGCUCUAUAUGCUGCAAUGGACAAGGAAACCGAAAUCCUCUCCCGCCUGGCCGCGAACCACCUCUAUCUCGCCCAAUUCGAGCCGCUCCGGGCGGUUCUCAUCGCCCUCCGAGCCCGUAACCCCGAGCUCGCUCUCGCUGUGCUCCAGACCAUCGUCGCGCAGUCUGGCCGGUUCGAGAACGUUCUCUGGUCGCAAUCCUGUCCGUCGCCGGCUCUCCUCACUUACUUGUCGACCGUCGAGCUCUUGCAAUUCGAUAAUGCGUCGUCAGCGUGGAGCUUCGAUCCCGAAACGCUGCGGUUGCGAGCCGAGUUCUUAUUGCUAGUCCAGCAACUGAUCGACCGGGUAUCUGAGAGUUUGCGGAAGGAUUUCGAUUUGGAGGGCAUAGAGAAAGAGAAGGAGAAAGAGGGUUUGGGCGAGAGCGAGAGUUUCGAAGAGCGCGCGGAGUUGUUGGAGAAGAGUGAUGAUACUAGCAAGGAUUUAAGAGAUGGCAGUGGGGAAUUAGAUAGCUGUGUGAAAGUUUUGGAUAGGGUGUUGGAAUUGGGGGUCAAGAGGUUGAAGCCGGGUUCUGUGGCGGUAGAGUCUGCUGAUGCUGAUGUUGGGAGUGGAAAUGAGGCGCCAAGCGUUGUACCGAUUGAGGAAGGCGAAUUGAUGUGUUUAAGGAGUGUAGUUUGGGAGUACCGAGAUGUUUUCGAGGCGUUGUGUUGGAAUAUACAGAGCCAAGUGAGGGGGUGGGAGGGAGAUGAUUCUUCGGGUUUAGCUCUAACGGUGAGGAGGGACGAAAAUGCAGGGGGAACCUCCGAGGAGGAUUUGAAAGUUCUUGGUUUGAUACAGAGGAGUGUUCAGUUAGCUCACUUAGAUGCUAUGAAAGAGGGCAUGAAGAAUGGUGAUGUCGAUGGAGUGGUUUCGCGGAUUCGUUUUCUUCAACUUGAUUAUGGAGUGGAGGAGAACAAGUAUCGCAUGGUUCUGCAAGAUCUUCUCAAGAUGGUGUCAUCAGGAAAGGAGGGAUAUGGAGAUUCCUGGCGUGACAUGCGAGAAAAGUUACUGGGGAUUUAUGGUGCUGCUCUUGCAUCAAGUUCUGGACGUCUUGUUGAAAUGAUACAUGUUCUUCAAGAUGAGUUGCUCUCAGAAGAGAUUGAGAAGUACAGAUCUCUUGAUGACAACCAGAUUCCACCACCUCUUGAACGUCUUCAAAGAUAUCUUGCUGGGUUGAAUCCUGAGGCAGAUGUUUCUGAUCAAACUUGUACCUUCAACACUGUAGCCGGAUUUUGCAUGAGAGACAUGUACCAUUAUGCCCGUGUUUCUGGUUUACAUGUCCUUGAAUGUGUCAUGGAUACUGCUUUGUCUGCUGUGAAGAGGGAGCAGCUUCAAGAAGCUAGCAAUAUUCUUUUGUUGUUUCCCCGACUUCAGCCCCUGGUAGCUGCCAUGGGUUGGGAUUUAUUAUCUGGCAAGACUGCAGCACGAAGGAAAUUAAUGCAACUGCUGUGGAGAAGCAAGUCACAGGUUUUACGCCUGGAAGAAUCUUCUCUUUAUAGUAAUCAAUCGGAUGAGGUAUCUUGUGUGGAAUAUCUCUGUGAUUCUCUUUGUUAUCGGCUUGAUCUUGCCUCUUUUGUUGCCUGUGUCAAUUCUGGUAAAUCAUGGAAUUCAAAAUCAUCAUUGAUGUUGUCUGCUAAAGAACAACUAGCCUCCAGUAAUGAAGAUGCUGAGAAUGAUCCUUUUGUCGAGAAUUUCGUACUGGAAAGGCUUUCUGUUCAAAGUCCUCUUCGGGUAUUGUUUGAUGUUGUUCCAGGCAUAAAGUUUCAGGAGGCCAUUGAAUUGAUAAGCAUGCAGCCAAUUGCAUCAACUUUAGAAGCCUGGAAGAGGAUGCAGGAUAUUGAACUCAUGCAUAUGCGCUAUGCUCUAGAUUCAGCUGUUCUUGCAGUUGGCGUGAUGGAAAGGAGUAUUACUGGUGAAAGUGACGGUCUUUAUCAAGUUGCAUUUAGCCAUCUGAAAGAUCUGCAGAACCAUUUGGAGGCUGUCACCGAUAUCCCUCGCAAGAUCAUGAUGGCAAAUGUCAUAAUUUCACUUUUACAUAUGGAUGAUCUUUCUCUCAAUUUGGAUCAUUGUGCUUCACCGGGGAGCUCUUCUGGAUCACACCACUAUGCUUCAGAACAAACUGAUGAAACAUGUGAAGGGGGAAAUGAAUUGGUUAUAUCCUUUACUGGGAAACUACUAUCAAUAUUAAAUCACUGUCUUCCGUCAACUGUAGCUGAACUAGAUAAUGCUCUAAGUGAAGGCAUUAGUAGGGAUGGAAGACAAGCGUUGGAGUGGAGAGCAUCAAUUGCUAAACAUUUCAUUGAAGAGUGGGAAUGGCGGCUGUCAAUUUUGCAGCGUCUUCUUCCAUUAUCUGAACGUCAGUGGCAGUGGAAGGAGGCAUUAACUGUAUUACGUGCCGCACCAUCUAAGCUACUUAACCUGUGCAUGCAAAGAGCAAAGUAUGACAUUGGCGAAGAAGCAGUGCAUCGCUUUUCAUUGUCUGCAGAAGAUAAAGCUACUCUUGAAUUAGCUGAGUGGGUGGAUCGUGCUGUCAGAAGACAAUCUGUAGAAGAUGUAGUCUCUCGUGCUACUGAUGGUGGGACUUCUACAAUACAAGAUCUGGAUUUUUCUUCAUUACGCUCCCAGUUAGGUCCCUUGGCUGCAAUUCUUCUUUGUGUCGAUGCUGCUGCUACUUCUGCUAGGUCUGCAAAGAUGUCCCAGCAGCUUUUGGAUCAGGCUCAAGUUAUGCUGUCUGAGAUAUAUCCAGGAGUUUCUCCAAAGAUAGGCUCCAUGUACUGGGAUCAGAUCCUUGAAGUGGCAGUUAUAUCUGUUUUAAAACGAAUUCUGAAGCGUUUACAUGAGUUCUUGGAUCAGGAUAAUUCUCCAGCCCUUCAGGUCACUUUGUCUGGGGAGAACAUCAUUUCUUCACCAAAGGAAUUCCAGAGACUAGGACAACGGGAGCGUGUUCUCGAUAUGCUACAUCAUAUGAUUGAGGAUGCUCACAAGGGAAAGCGGCAGUUUCUCAGUGGUAAGCUCCAUAAUCUUGCAAGAGCCAUAGCUGAUGAAGAAACAGAGCUAAAUUCUUUUAAAGGAGAAGGCCCAUCUGGUGACCCGAAGGUUCUUUAUGAUCUCGACAAAGACGGAGUUCUUGGACUUGGGCUAAGAGUUUCCAAACAGAUACCAUCAAAUUCCGCAGUUGGAGAAACUACAUUGCAGCCUGUUGGCUAUGAUGUAAAGGACAAUGGGAAGAGAUUAUUUGGUCCAAUAAGUACCAAACCCAUGACAUAUCUUUCACAAUUUAUUCUCCAUAUUGCUGCAAUUGGAGACAUAGUUGAUGGAACAGAUACAACUCACGAUUUCAACUUUUUUUCACUCGUGUAUGAGUGGCCCAAGGAUCUUUUAACUCGUCUUGUCUUUGAACGAGGCAGCACUGAUGCAGCUGCUAAGGUAGCUGAGAUCAUGUGUGCAGAUUUUGUCCAUGAAGUAAUUUCAGCAUGUGUACCUCCAGUUUAUCCCCCACGAUCUGGUCAUGGAUGGGCCUGCAUUCCAGUCUUUCCCACCUUCCCUAAAAGUGGCUCAGAAAAUAAAGUAUUAUCCCCCUCUUUCAAAGAUGCUAAGCCUAAUAGUUACUGCCGGUCCUCAUCCUUGCCCGGAAUCCCUCUAUACCCUCUUCAGUUAGAUGUCAUUAAACAUUUGGUUAAGCUAUCCCCAGUGAGGGCAGUCUUAGCAUGUGUUUUUGGGAGUACAAUUUUGUACAAUGGCAGUGAUUCUUCGAUCUCAAGCUCCUUGGAUGGUGGAUCGCUGCAGGCACCUGAUGUUGAUCGGUUGUUUUAUGAGUUUGCUCUUGAUCAGUCGGAGAGGUUUCCAACUUUAAACCGAUGGAUACAAAUGCAAACUAACCUUCAUCGAGUUUCUGAGUUUGCUGUAACAAUUAAGCAAACUGCCGAUGGUGGCGAGGCUAGGGCUGAAGCAAGAGCUAUCAAGAGAUUACGCGAGCUUGACAGUGAUACUGAGUCAGAAGUUGAUGACAUUGUUGGUAGCAGUAGUGUUUCAACAGCUUUACCAGACCUCAAUGACCAAGGUGGUGCAGCUACUGAACCUUGGGAUGACUCUUCAAAAUCUGAUGUUGCUGAGCUUGAUACUUCAGUUUUCCUUUCUUUUGAUUGGGAAAAUGAAGAACCGUAUGAGAAAGCUGUACAGAGAUUGAUAGAAGAAGGUAAACUCAUGGAUGCUCUUGCACUGUCUGAUCGCUAUCUACGUAAUGGAGCUUCAGAUCAUUUACUUCAGCUAAUCAUUGAAAGUGGGGAAGAAACUCGGUCAGUCCCUGUACAAUCUCACGUUUAUGGAGGAAAUAGCAUAUGGAGCAAUAGUUGGCAGUAUUGCCUGCGGUUGAACGAUAAACAAGUGGCUGCUAGACUUGCUCUCAAGUAUAUGCAUAGAUGGGAACUGGAUGCUGCUUUGGAUGUUCUCACAAUGUGCAGCUGCCACCUACCUCAAAGUGAUUCCAUUAGGAAGGAGGUCAUGCAUAUGAGACAAGCUCUGCAGAGGUACAGCCACAUUAUAAGUGCAGAUGAGCACUUUAGCAGCUGGCAAGAGGUUGAAGCAGAGUGUAAAGAAGAUCCUGAGGGCUUGGCACUCAGAUUAGCUGGAAAAGGAGCUGUUUCCGCUGCUUUAGAAGUGGCUGAAAGUGCAGGAUUAUCCAUAGAUUUGCGGAGAGAAUUGCAGGGCCGGCAGCUUGUGAAACUUUUGACUGCAGAUCCUCUCAGUGGUGGAGGUCCAGCAGAAGCUUCGCGGUUUCUAUCUUCUCUACGUGAAUCAGAUGAUGCUCUACCAGUUGCCAUGGGUGCAAUGCAGCUUUUACCUGAUUUACGGUCAAAGCAGCUUCUUGUUCAUUUCUUCCUGAAGCGAAGAGAAGGAAAUCUUUCAGAUGUUGAGGUUUCUCGGCUUAACUCAUGGGCUUUAGGUCUUCGUGUUCUGGCUGCCUUGCCAUUGCCAUGGCAGCAAAGAUGUUCUUCCUUGCAUGAGCACCCUCACCUGAUACUUGAGGUUCUUCUGAUGAGGAAACAGCUACAGUCAGCUGCUUUGAUUCUCAAAGAAUUUCCUUUGUUGAGAGACAAUAAUGUCAUUAUUGCCUAUGCUGCUAAAGCUAUUGCUAUCGGUAUUAGCUCUCCCCCGAGAGAAUAUCGAGUAUCUGUUUCAGGGACAAGAUCAAAGCAGAAAACAAGAACAGGUGCACCUGUGAGGUCUUCUUUCACGAGCAGUCUAAGUAACCUGCAAAAGGAGGCUCGCAGAGCUUUCUCUUGGGCUCCACGAAAUACCGGAGACAGGGCCGCCCCAAAAGAUGUUUACCGUAAAAGAAAGAGUUCAGGUUUGACGCCAUCAGAAAAAGUAGCUUGGGAGGCCAUGGCUGGUAUCCAAGAGGAUCGUGCUUCAACAUAUUCUGUUGAUGGGCAAGAACGUCUUCCUGCUAUUUCCAUUUCUGAAGAAUGGAUGCUAACUGGUGAUGCAACGAAGGAUGAAGUUGUUCGUGCAUCUCACCGUUAUGAAAGUGCCCCUGACAUUACUCUUUUCAAGGCACUGAUUUCUCUAUGUUCUGAUGAUUCUGUCUCUGCAAAAAGUGCAUUGGAUUUGUGUGUUAAACAGAUGAAGAAUGUGCUGAGCUCCCAACAAUUGCCUGAGAAUGCAUCUAUGGAAAUAAUUGGUCGAGCAUAUCAUGCCACAGAGACGCUUGUACAGGGGCUACUUUACGCUAAAUCCCUGCUGAGAAGGAUUGUGGGUGGUAAUGAUUUGUCAAGUAAUUCUGAAAGAAGCAGGGACAUUGAUGAUGCAUCCUCUGAUGCUGGUAGCUCUAGUGUGGGCAGUCAGUCCACAGAUGAGUUAUCUGAAGUGUUGUCGCAAGCAGACAUUUGGCUAGGACGCGCUGAGCUGCUCCAAAGCCUUCUGGGAUCUGGAAUAGCUGCUUCUCUAGAUGAUAUUGCCGAUAAAGAGUCAUCUGCCCGUCUCCGUGAUAGGCUGAUUGUAGAUGAACGGUACAGCAUGGCUGUAUAUACAUGCAAAAAGUGCAAGAUUGAUGUUGUCCCUGUUUGGAAUGCAUGGGGACAUGCUUUGAUUCGGAUGGAGCACUAUGCCCAGGCUCGUGUCAAGUUCAAGCAAGCUCUCCAACUGUACAAAGCUGAUCCUGCUCCUGUCAUUCUUGAGAUCAUCAAAAUCGAAGGAGGUCCGCCUGUUGAUGUUUCAGCUGUUCGUUCCAUGUAUGAACAUUUGGCUAAAAGUGCACCGACAAUCUUGGAUGAUUCUCUUUCUGCUGAUGCAUAUCUCAACGUAUUGUACAUGCCUUCGACAUUUCCUCGAUCAGAGCGAUCCAGGCGUUCUCAUGAAUCUGCGAAUAGUAAUUCCACUCAUAUUUCAGACUUUGAAGAUGGACCUCGCAGCAACUUAGACAGCAUACGAUAUGUUGAGUGUGUCAACUAUUUACAAGAAUAUGCACGGCAGCAUUUGCUCAAUUUCAUGUUUAGGCAUGGUCAUUAUAAUGAUGCAUGCAUGCUGUUCUUUCCUCCAAAUGCUGUUCCCCCACCUUCUCAGCCAUCAACAGUGGGGGCAGCAUCCUCAUCUUCAUCCCCUCAAAGGCCAGACCCUUUGGGAACUGAUUAUGGGACCAUUGACGAUUUGUGUGAUUUAUGUGUUGGUUAUGGUGCAAUGGCUGUUUUAGAAGAAGUAAUUUCAACAAGAAUGUCAUCUGAAAACCUGCAAGAUGUAGCAGUAAGCCAGUAUACAGCUGCGGCCCUUUCCCGUAUUUGCAUCUACUGUGAAACUCACAGGCAUUUCAAUUAUUUGUACAAGUUUCAGGUUAUUAAGAAGGACCAUGUUGCUGCUGGACUUUGCUGCAUCCAAUUGUUUAUGAACUCAUCUUUGCAAGAGGAAGCUAUAAAACAUUUGGAAAAUGCCAAGAUGCACUUUGAUGAAGCGUUAUCAGCACGAUCCAAAGGUGGGGAUCCUACUAAGCUUGUGACGAAGGGUGUUAGAGGAAAAAGUGCCUCUGAAAAGCUAACUGAAGAAGGACUUGUCAAGUUUUCGGCGCGGGUAUCGAUUCAGGUUGAAGUUGUGAGAUCGUAUAAUGAUGCGGAUGGACCACAUUGGAAACAUUCACUUUUCGGAAAUCCAAAUGACCAUGAAACAUUCAGGAGAAGGUGCAAAAUAGCUGAAUCUCUUGUGGAAAAGAAUUUUGAUUUGGCUUUCCAAGUGAUUUAUGAAUUCAAUCUUCCAGCUGUGGAUAUAUAUGCUGGUGUCGCUGCAUCACUCGCUGAGAGAAAAAAGGGUAGUCAACUGACAGAAUUCUUUAGAAACAUAAAAGGAACAAUUGAUGACGAUGACUGGGACCAGGUCUUGGGAGCUGCAAUUAAUGUAUAUGCUAACAAACACAAAGAGCGCCCUGACCGUCUCAUAGACAUGUUGACCAGUAGCCACAGGAAGGUUCUGGCUUGUGUGGUUUGUGGUCGUCUAAAAAGUGCAUUCCAAAUUGCUUCUCGUAGUGGAAGUGUAGCCGAUGUCCAAUAUGUAGCUCAUCAGGCAUUACAUGCGAAUGCACUUCCUGUGCUGGAUAUGUGUAAACAAUGGUUGGCCCAGUACAUGUGAUAUGGUUGCUUGAGGAAAUUACAGCCGGUGCAAGCAAAUUACUGUUGGCCUUGCUUGUUUUGCUGCACCCAGAUAGUUUGAAACAGAUGGGGCCUGACCACGGCUAGGGGACCCAGUUGCUACUGGAAUGGCGUGUUGCCGAUAUCUGGUGGUAGUUACCGCCAUCAUUUUUGUUUCGUAUUGUCAAGACUUCCCGCUGCCAUUGAUGAAGCUGCUUUUGACUCAUCGAGUUUGCUCUGUUAUAUUCAGAAUGUUCUGAAACUCUGCCCGAGUUUUGGACAACACAGACAUAGGGAACGUCUCUCGAAAGGCCGAACAGAAAUCGAUAACAAUUCUUCCAAGUACCGAGUAGACAACACGUUGCUCGUGUGCGGUAUGAACGUGCCUUGUCACUGCAUUUCUUUGCUUCGUCAAUGAUUUUUUGUUAGUGGAUUUUGGCAUUUAGACUUCAGAGCUUAGUUAAUUUAGGAGUGCUUGCGGAUGUGUAUAGAUGCGAGAGAGAAAAAGAGAGGCAUUUCUUGUAUAUAUUUGCAUUUUUUGGGGGGUAACGCAUGUUUGUAUUUUUCAUUUCCUGUAAGAAAAACUGAUUGAUACACGCAUAUUUGUGGUGCGGCGAUUCGAACACUGGACCUCGAGUGCAGUGGCAAACAUUUCUUUCUCUCUUUAUACAAGGGGUGAACGAUUUUAACAACUUGA